CCAAAAGACUAAUAAAAACAGGUAGUGGGGGGAAUCAAUAGAAGUCUUCAUGGGGGUUGGUGUUCAGUGACAACGCUGUGAUCUUAGUACCUCAAGUUAUUUGGAUACAUCAGAAGAAAGUUGUUUAUAGUUGCCUUGUGGUCUUAGAAAAGUUAAACACUUGAUUCCUGUGUUGUAGAGGGCAUUAUGUAUUCUCACGAGAGGGUGUUUUUGACUUGUACUUUGCUAAUGCUUGCUGGCCCCUACAACGGGAGACAAAGGGAGACUGAGUGCCACUCUUGUCCUCAUGUGGGGUUCCUGGGAAGGGGAGACGGCAUAUUGCAACCGGCCGAAGUCAUCCGGGGCUGCUGUACCAUGCGAAGCAUCCCUGAAGGCAGAGAAUACACACUGCAUCUUCUGCGACCAGGCCCAGCAAGCAUCCUUCCCCUUCCAGCCUAAGACCGCUGCCGCGUCUCCCUGGCAACCAAGUUCGGAAGAAGAGAGGCGAGGCAGAGUCACGUGUGCUCCCGGGACUUCCGGGUUUCAGUCGUGACUUCCGGUUGUCAGUCUUCUGACGCGCGGCGACUGCGGCGGGGACGCGGUGGAGGCCUGGGCUCGGCGGGCCGGCCCCUCUCGUCCUCGUCCGCCCGUCCGAGAUGCAUCCGCGGCGCCCCGACGGCUUCGAUGGCCUGGGCUACCGGGGAGGCGUGCGGGACGAUCCGCCUUUCGGCGGCCCCUUCCAUGCGCGCUCUUUCGGCUCUGGGACCGACCUGGGCCACUGGGUGACGACUCCCCCGGACAUCCCGGGCAGCCGCAAUCUGCACUGGGGCGAAAAGAGCCCGACGUACGGUGUGCCGUCCGCGCCCACGACGCUCGAGGGCCCCGCGGAGGAGCUUUUUCCCGGCGGCGGCGACGGCCCGCGCCCGGGCCCGAGCAGCGAGCAGUUGAAUAGAUUUGCUGGAUUUGGUAUUGGACUUGCAAGUCUCUUCACAGAAAAUGUGCUGGCCCAUCCUUGCAUUGUUUUACGCCGCCAGUGUCAGGUGAAUUACCAUGCUCGGCACUACCAUCUCACUCCAUUCACAAUCAUCAACAUUAUGUACAGCUUCAACAAAACGCAGGGACCACGAGCCCUAUGGAAAGGAAUGGGAAGCACAUUUAUUGUCCAGGGAGUCACACUUGGAGCAGAAGGCAUAAUUAGUGAAUUUACACCUUUACCAAGGGAAGUUUCACACAAAUGGAAUCCUAAACUAAUAGGUGAACACCUUCUUCUGAAAUGCCUAACAUAUAUGGUGGCCAUGCCUUUUUAUUCAGCAAGUCUGAUUGAAACAGUACAGAGUGAGAUAAUCCGAGAUAAUACUGGCAUCCUGGAAUGUAUUAAAGAAGGGAUUGGAAGAGUAAUAGGCUUGGGAGUGCCUCACAGCAAACGCCUCCUUCCAUUGCUCUCACUGAUCUUCCCGACAGUCCUGCAUGGAGUUCUUCAUUACAUCAUCAGCUCCAUCAUUCAGAAGAUUGUCCUCCUAAUUCUGAAGAGAAAGACCUAUAAUAGCCACCUAGCUGAGAGUACUAGCCCCAUGCAGAGUAUGCUGGAUGCUUAUUUUCCAGAACUUAUUGCUAACUUUGCCGCCAGCCUUUGCUCUGACGUUAUACUUUACCCAUUGGAAACCGUUCUGCAUCGCCUUCAUAUUCAAGGAACACGCACAAUAAUUGACAAUACAGACCUUGGCUAUGAAGUACUUCCAAUUAAUACUCAGUAUGAGGGAAUGAGAGACUGUAUAAACACUAUUAAGCAGGAGGAAGGAGUAUUUGGUUUUUAUAAAGGGUUUGGUGCUGUUAUAAUACAGUAUACACUGCAUGCAGCCAUCUUGCAGAUUACCAAAAUUAUUUACUCCACACUUCUUCAGAAUAGCAUUUGAGAUUUAGCUUCUAUCAUUGGCUGGUCCAAAAGAUGUGGUCUGGAUAAUUUGCUCUGAAAUUACAAGUAAUAAUUAAUGUAAAAUGCUGUGUGGAAAGAAGUAGGCUGGGAAUUGAGACUGGUGGAAAAGCUCAUGCUGAUUAUACUGACCUCUCAUUUUUCUUAGGUAUAAAUAGAUAGAUAUAUAGCUAUAUAAAUAAUACUGGAUUGAAACCUUUCCAAAAUUAAAAACUCAAUAAAGGUAAUACUUUAAAUUUAAAAUGUAAAGUUACAUUUUGGUAUAGCACUCAUGCUGAUCCUGGGUAGGAGGAAAAAUGUAUCAAAUAUAAAAUGAAAUUGCAGCGACUUGAAUCUAUUUUAUUGACCUUAAUAUUUGUUAUGUAUUUGUUAAACCUGGAUUCAGGUCAGUGUGUUAAUUCUUAAUGCAGUGUAUAGUAUCAGGGAUUUUUUUCCUUUAAGCAAAACCAAUGAUUAGAUUUGGCACUCGGUAAGCAGGGGUUGAAGGGUUUUAAAUUAUAUGUAACCUUUUUAUUUGCUGUAUAUAUUUAUUAUAUGGAUCCAUUUGUGUGUGUACAUGUAACUUGGGAACUCCUUCAUCCCUGCUUGCAAGUUCUCAUAGACCAGCUUAUUGCAUCGAAUGGAGGGAGACACUUUCUGCUUGAACAUCAAGAGUAAGACAUCAAAACGUCAGGAAAUAGCUUUCUUGUUGCAGCACCCCCAGCAUUGCAGUGCCAGAAACCUGAAACUUUUCAUAUGCUUGUGACGUUUGGAUCAUCAGAUGAUUUUAGAGCCACUUUUAAAGAUACCUAACAAUCAUGGCAGCCAUUACUGUUUCCACCUUUAUCUAAAGGAGCCUUACCUGUCUUUUAUUUCUAACAGAACUUAUCUUAAAGGGGGCAAAAUUAAAGUUCACCUGGGAAUUUGGGCUUCUUGCUCACCAUCAAUAAUGACUGCAAUGUUUCUUUCUUUGUGUGUGUGUGUGUGUGUGUGUGUGUGUGUGUGUGUGUGUUUGUGUAAAGUUUUAUUCUCCAAAUGAGCUAACCCAAAGCUAAAUAUGAGAUAUCCUUUGUUACAUUUUAUUUAAACUUGCUUGGAUAAGUACUGAAGAAAAAUACAAACCUCAUAGGAAAGUUAUCUUUAUGUUUUAUGAAGGAGAGGGAGAACUUGGUAAUCAGUUUAAUAAAAUAAAGUUGAUGUGUUCCUGUGGUGGAUUAGACUUUGUAAUGAAGUGAUAUAUAGUUCACUGACCAUUCAUGCAACAUUGCAACAUUUAACGUUUCUUUUAAAGCAAUAUAUCAGUGAUCAUUCAUGCAACAUUUAAUGUUUUAUUUCUUUAUGAGCAUGAUCAAGUUUAUAAACACUGAAGUGCAGUGCCUGCAGAUGUUGGCCAACCUAGAAUGCAUGCAAUCUAAAACUGGUGUUACAUGUUCAAUGUUGCAGAGAGUGUCAGUGCGCUUGGUAAGAACUUAACAUGGACAAGGAGAAGCAUGAAGUGAUGUGUAAGUAAGUGGCUCUCCCCACCCUGUGUUACUGAAGUAAUGUUGUCUGCUGUUUAAUUCCUCAAAAAAGGAAAAUAAAUGCUGUUGAUCACA